UUGGCCUUUUGCUACCUCUUCACUUUGGACUACGACUUGAUCAACAUCGCCAUUAGUCGGCGUUGGACCGUCGUCGUCAUCCUUAAGCUCCUCCUUUCCUCUUCCCCAAAAAUAUCUCCAUUCGUCUCAGUUUUACACGGUUGUGUGAAAUUUGAAGCAUCAGUGCAGAGAAGUAAAAUGGGAGGACGGUCUUCCAAGAGUUCACAUGGGAAAAAGUACACAAAUCCUUAUGCAAGUACUUAUAAAGAAAUCCCAAAGCAAUAUGAUUCACAAUCGAAUGUAUAUGCACAAACACAAAAGCAACAGCCUAGUAAGCCGGUGACAGCACCACAAUCAGUAUUGGAGAAGGUGGAGAAGAAGCAAUAUUCACAAGAAGAAGAAGUGGUAUCGCCCAGACUAGGCAGUGGGUAUGGCAGCAGUGAUGACGAAUUUUAUGAUGGCAUUCCCAGGUUUCGAAGAAGUUCAUUGCAAAAAUCCAGGUCCCGGAGGGCUAGGGUUUCAGAAAAGGCUGCUGAAGUAUUUGACACGCUUGGAAGCAGCAUGGCUAAUUUGAAUCCAGGCAGUGCAUUUCUUACUGGCGCAUCAGCAAAGAACAAUGAACUUUCGAUUUUGGCAUUUGAGGUUGCCAACACAAUUGUUAAAGGGUCAAAUAUCAUGCAGGGACUUUCAAGAAGGAGCAUAAAACUGUUAAAGGAAGUAAUUCUUCCUUCAGAAGGUGUACAAAAUUUAGUGUCAGCAAAUAUGGAUGAACUGCUAAAGAUUGUUGCCACUGACAAGAGGGAGGAGCUGAAAAUUUUUGCAGGUGAAGUUGUUCGUUUUGGAAAUCGAUGUAGGGAUUCUCAGUGGCACAACCUAGACCGCUACUUUGCCAAACAUAGCAGAGAUCCUCAGAAGCAGAUGCGGGAAGAAGCUGAGUCCAUAAUGCAGCAGUUAAUGAUCUUGGUCCAGAAUACUGCUGAGUUAUACCAAGAGCUGCAUGCACUGGAUAGAUUAGAGCAAGAUUACCAGCAUAAGCGUCUAGAAGCAUGCAUAUCAAGUGCCAAUCCAAGAGGUAACAGCCCUGCAAUUAAAAACCAAAAGAAGCUUGUGAAAAAUUUAAAGAGAAAGACUCUCUGGUCGAGAAGUUUGGAAGAGGUGAUGGAGAAGCUUGUGGAUAUUGUCCUCUUUUUGAAUCGAGAGAUAACUAAUGUCUUUGGAAACACAGAUGAGGAUAUACCUGAUGUUAAAGAUAUGGGAAGCCAACAAAGAUUGGGACCAUCUGGCCUUGCAUUGCAUUAUGCUAAUAUCAUUCUCAUGAUUGAUUCAAUUGUAGCACGAUCAAGUCCUAUGCCACCAAAUGCAAGAGAAAUUUUGUAUCAGAGCUUGCCACCUAGUAUAAAAACUCCACUGCGGUCCAAACUGCAUUCUUUCCAUGUUAAGCAGCAGCUUGCAGUUUCAGAAAUAAAAGCUGAGAUGGAAAAAACUUUACAGUGGCUCGUUCCUAUUGCGACAAACACUGCUAAGGCACACCACGGUUUUGGUUGGGUUGGAGAGUGGGCAAACACAGGAUCUGAAUUAAAUCGUCAAUCUGUUGCACCAAAUGAUAUUGUUCAGAUUGAUACACUCCAUCAUGCAGACAGGCAGAAGACAGAAGCUUAUAUAUUUGAAUUACUGUUGUGGCUCAAUUAUUUGGUAAGCCAGUCCAAAAUUAGUGUUAGUGGUGGCAAUUCGACGUUGUCUACCAAAUCCCAGUGUAAUCCAACCCUUGAGCAAAGUGAUCAACAGUCCAUACAGAGAGAUGCUCUUAGUACAUUGCCAAAGUCAAGUAUUGAAGUUUCAGAAGAUGGGGCGGCCCGUAAGCAACAACAGAUAGAUGAAGGGACUGAGUGACUAUGACCUCCUUAUGGACAGGUCACAAGAGCUCAACAAAACAAGCAAAAACAUCAGGUAUUUUGCAACAAAACAAAUCCCUGUGAAUACGACUUCGUGAAACAUUUUUCCAUCCAUUUUAUGCUCAACAAAGAGGACAAACUAGAUGUCACAGUAGUUUAGAAAGAACGAUAAGGUACUUUAUUGCUGAUAUAAACUUUCAUGGGGGUUGAGAGUGGGAGCAUCAACAGAAGCAAUUCAACCCCUUGUAUUUGUACCAAACUAGGGAAAAAGACAUCCUCCUGUACAGAUACUGUUGCCAAGAAACCUCAGAGCUCCCCUGCUGCUGUAUUUUCUCUGUUGGAGUUUUUCUGUAUGAUUCAGAUGAAAAUACAUUGGUGAGAUUUGUAUAUAAUUUGAGGAAUACGAAAAACCUUCCUCC